AUGUUUGCAGCUUCGCCUGCUACCUGGCUUCCAGUGGGCAACUACAAGUCGUCCAGACGAUGGACCUCGUUCCUGAUUGCCGAUAUUCUUGGGGAGACUUUCACAGAAGACAAUAAGGGAAUCGACCAAACCAGUCUCAGAUUUCUGGACUGUAUCAACAACCAACCGCUUGAAAAUGGAGGCAGUCCUUUACAUUUGCACAGUUAUCCAUACGAUUGUUGUCUACGUAGGCGACACGGCCAUCACAUUACGCCCCACAAACCGACGAAAUCCAAACUCAACUAUUUCAACAUUCACCACAAUUACUAUGAUUAUAAUUUCAACAUCUGCGGAGGCAGCUGCAACCACAACCACGAUAGUGAUAAUUCCAGGUCUACGUGUAGUCCAGUUUGCGUGUCGCCUUCCUCGUCUUCUUCAGAAACAGACACCGGAGAAAAGAAACGGAAAACUGGCAAAGAAUUUAUAGAUGAUGAUGGUGCAGUAAAAAAGAAAAAAGCGAGAACGACUUUCACAGGCAGACAAAUUUUUGAACUGGAAAAACAGUUCGAGCAGAAAAAAUAUCUGUCGUCUGCUGAGAGAGCAGAAAUGGCGAGUCAGCUGGCAGUGACAGAGACACAGGUCAAAAUCUGGUUUCAAAACCGCAGAACAAAAUGGAAAAAACAGGAAAACAUUUCAAGAUCCGAAGUCGCCGAACACAAACUCAGUGUAGAAAAAAACACCAUCAAGACUAAAAACAGGAAACAUGUGGAAGCAACAUUAGAAGCGGCAUCUGACCAAAGGGUCGAAUCUGAAGAUAAUCAUGUUUUAGAACAUUUAAACAAACCUCCGACAACUGACACUAUUGAACUGAUAGCCAGAAGGAAACUAAAGAGACGCUCCAACGGGGCUCUCACAUUCUGUCCAAACCUGUCGCCUACAGGAGACUCUAAACCACACAAAUGGUGCCAUAAGUGUGAGGGUAUCACCAAUAAUUCUGAGGAACUCUGUUUUAUCAAAGCAGAAAACACUGACAGCUUUGCCAGAAAAGACCAGGAUGAGUGCGGAUCAAGUUUCUGCGACACUGAAUCAAGUAACAACACAGCUACACGAUCUGAAUCACCAGUACCCAGAAUGAUCAUGCACAUAAAAGACACAGAAACAGUCACAUCAACGAAAGACUAUGGACGAUCACUGUGCACUUCUGAUGGCAUCGGUUUGACUCACCCAAAGUGUGCUUUGAAUUCUUGCAAUGCUAAUCCUGAAUGUCUGUUAAUGCACAAUAUUGAUACACUGAAGCACGGAGUCAGAACUCUGAUUGACUCUGCAACAAGUCCCUCUCCGCCAUCCAGUCUUGAUUCUAGUGAUCUGUCUGAUAUGUGUACCCCGGUUCACAAGUGA